AUGUGCGGCGGCACCAUCCUGAGCCUGUUCGUGCAAUACUAUUCGUCGACUGAAGAAUUUUUUGCUCCACCUGCGUCGGGCUCGAUGCGGGCCUCACUCGGCUGGGCAGUGUUACUGACCCUAUUCACGGUCACACAUGCCUUUAAUGUCGACACCAAGAACGCCGUCAUCCAUCAAAAUGCCGCAACCGGUCGCUUUGGUUAUUCACUAGAUUUUUAUUACGAGCAGAAGAAUACACCAGUACUCGUGGUUGGUGCACCGGAAGCGGCGUCCGGUAACCCGGCGCUGCGCGGAAUUCGUGACCCAGGAACGGUUUAUUCUUGCUCAGUCAACCGGCCGGGAUGUCAAGAAUUGCACAUCGACAAGAAACAAGGAAACGAACGCCGCCUGAAUGGAUCACACAUGGCGGAAAUUGAAAAUAAAGCCUACCAGCGGUUUGGCGCCACCGUCCGCUCAAACAAGAAACACGAUAAGAUCAUGAUGUGUGCGCCUAACUAUAAAUAUUUCUUCUCCCGCUUCGAGGUGAUCGAGCCAAUUGGUACUUGUUUCUUUGCCGAAGAUGGAUUUGCCAAAACGCAAGAAUAUCCGACAUGCAAACAAGAACCGGCACGACACGGGCGACAUCGAUUAGGGUAUGGCCAAUGCGGGUUUUCGGUGGCAAUCCCGGAUAAGAACAAGAGGGGCGAAGACCGUUUGUUUGUUGGAGGUCCAGGUGUUUGGUAUUGGCAAGGAGCGGUGUUCAGUCAAAAUCUGCGCAACAUUUCCGAUCGACCAAACACGGAAAUUGGUCCGGCCCCGCUCGAUCACGAUAUGAUGGGCUAUGCCACGGCGACCGGGGACUUUGAUGGCGAUGGUAUUGAUGACGUUGUGGCUGGUGUCCCGCGGGGCAACAAUUUACAAGGAAAACUUGUGUUGUGGACCCCGUCCCUACGCCAUCUCACCAACUUGACCGAUACCACGUCGCCACAAGCCGGUCAAUACUGCGGAAGUGCCGUCAUUGCCACUGAUUUGAACAAGGACGGGCGUGAUGACAUCGUGAUGGGAUGCCCGUUCUACACGGAUUACGUUUCCGUUAUGGAUGCGAAAACCCAGGAGCGGAAGCCACAGUAUGAUGUUGGCAAAGUUGUCGUGUUUUUGCAGAACGAAGUCGGCACUUUUGAUAAGCAAAUCGUAAUUGUUGGCGAUGAUCAAUGGGGAAGAUUCGGAUUCUCUUUGGCCGCAGCGGGCGACUUGAACCAGGAUGGCUAUAAUGAUUUCGUGGUCGGCGCCCCGUAUGCAGGUGCAGACAAGAAAGGAGCCGUAUACGUUAUCCACGGUUCAAAGGAUGGAGUACGAACAAAGCCGACCCAAAAAAUCGAGGGCAAAACAGUUCGUGGGGAUAUGGCAACCUUUGGUUUUUCACUGGCUGGCAAUGUUGAUGUGGAUUCGAACGGCAUUCCCGAUAUUGCUGUCGGUGGCUGGAAGAGUGGGCACGCUGCCGUACUUCUGACCAAGCCAGUGGUUACUGUAACGGGGCAAACGGAUUCCGAUGGAGUCACCCUCAACGUUGAAGAAAAGAAUUGUGAUGUUGGCGACAAGAAGAUGGGCAUGCAGACUUGCCGUACUAUCAAUACUUGUUUAAAGUAUGAAGGGCGUGGUCAGACUCCAAACGAACUGGAGUUUGUUCUGAGAACUGCGCUCGAUGAUCACUCACCGGAGCCAAGAGCAUAUUUCCUUGGAAGAGAAGUGAAGUCCGAUCGUGAUAUUACGAUUCCAUCCGAUUCAAAGACAAAGGACCACCCGAACGUGAUUGAGAGGCGCAUUCGACUGGAGAAGGGACGCCAAAAGUGCGUGAAACAGAAGUUCUUUGCUUCGGAUACGAUGCGCGACAAGCUAUCCCCAAUUCAUUGGUCCGUCAACUAUACCUAUCAAGAGUCAAAAACUGGCAAGUUGCGAGGAGGUCAAUUAGAACCUGCCAUCGAUACUACCGUACCGUUGUCUUUUGAAAACAAGCUCAACAUUGCGAACAAUUGCGGUAAAGACGGAGUUUGCAUCCCCGAUUUAAACGUACUUGCCGUUGCUGAUCGGUCAAAGUUCUUGCUGGGAACAACAGAUAACACGAUGCUUGUGAAUGUGUCGGUUUUUAAUCGUGGAGAAGAUGCUUAUGAAACGAAACUCUUCUUUGAUGUGCCGGAAGGCUUUGAAUAUUCGGGCGUCGAAACACCAAAAGAUGAUAAGCAAACCGCGCCUUCUUGCUCCCCCACAUCUACGGAGCCCGGUGAGGAUGGCAACUGGAAAUUUGCGUGUGAGCUCGGAAAUCCGUUGCCGCAGGGCAAAUCUGUUUCAACGACUAUUCGAAUUACUGCAAAUCAAGACAAGCCACCACUGAAGCCGAUCACUAUCCGGGCUCAUGUAAACAGUACAAAUACUGAGGAAGAGCAUACGGAUAUUGACAACAAUGUCGAAUUCACCAUCCCUGUGGAUUUCAAAAACCAGCUCACGCUCGUUGGAAGAGCCGAGCCGGAACAGGUCGAUUUCUCGGUAAGCAACAUUUCGACUGAGGAGCUGUUCGAUGAUAAGCAAUUGGGCCCCGUUGUCUCCCAUAUGUACCAAGUCUCUAAUCGUGGACCGUCGGCCAUCGACUCCGUUACUCUCGACAUUUUCUGGCCUUCGUAUUCCACGCAGGGCAACCACCUGCUCUACCUCCUAACUGAACCGGUUCUUAAUGAUCCAACCAAAGGCCGUUGUCGCGUCAAGCAAGCUCAGAAUGUGAAUCCAUUGAACUUGCGAAUCACAAACGAGCAUAUCCCAACACAAGCCCCUAUCAACGAAGAAGAUUAUGCAGACGAUGAUGAGCCCCGAGCGCAUUCGCGCGAAGAAGACGACGAUAUUGAUCGACGGGAUCCGCCAGUACAUAUGGAAGCACCACGCUCACCACCGAACAACCGUCCCGCAGUACAACCAGCCCCCACCCAGCAAUCAGUGCACUUUGAACAAGACGGAAAAACCUACGUAUAUGAAGCCGACCCGACACAGCCCGUUCGAUUCCAUUACCAAGAAAACAAACCGGCAAAUGGCAAAUGGGAGUAUAUUGCUGAUGACAAACUCAGUGAAGUGGAAUAUGAUGACGAUGAGUACGAAGAUGAGGAUGAAGAGGGACGAAGGGUAAAGCGGCAAUCGGACAACAAACAACAAAAGAGAAAGAAGGGAACGAAAUCCCCAUUAAAAGAUGCCAAGGAAGCUAGCAGCGGUCAGCCACCUAGAGAUCGCACGCGGUUUUCUGAUCUCCGUGAAGUGGUGCUCAAGUCGAAAUCAGCUGGAGGGGCCACGGAUUACAGCGGUGUCGUAAGCAGGGCUUCGGUGGACUGCAAUCAGUUGCGGUGUACCCAUAUCGAAUGCGAUAUCUUCAACCUACGCGAAGGCGAAUUCGUGCUGGUUGAAGUGUUUUCACGGCUAUACACACGGACUUUGGUUGAUGAAAUAUUACCUUCCGGAGAGGUCUCCUCGCUGGGCAUUGCGCGGGUCGGAAAUACGAAAUUCAACUGGCCCCACAAGCCAACUCUAGCUUUGGCGAUCAAAACAAAUAUGAAUGCGAUCAACGAAAAUGCGGGCGCUGGUUCUGUACCCUGGUGGCUGUAUAUCCUUGCCGGGCUAAUUGGCCUGGUCAUUCUGGCAUUGUUGAUUCUUUUGCUGUGGCGGUGCGGUUUCUUUAAAAGGAACCGUCCUCAAGCUGAGCAUGCUCAAAGAAAAGCCAACGAGGAUGCAGGGGGAGGUCACUACGCUGAUACACGAACCAGAUAUGCUCCCCAAAGUGACUACAAUCCCUCCACUCACGGCAAACGACUU